GGGGGAAUAUAUUAUUUACCUUUACACUUUGGACGAGGAUCGCCGUUUCGUGUCGCCACUUUUUGCCGAUCAGCGCAGAGACGCAGCUGCUUAACAUUAACUGCACACACGCUGGUUACGUAAGCACGUCGGAAACUAUGGCUGCCAAGGAACCGUCCCCGAUCGUCAAAUCCUACCUGAUUCUGUACAACGCAGCCCAAGUCGUCGGCUGGUGUUACAUGCUAUAUCAGCUGAUAGCUUACUACACCAUCGACAAGGGCACGGAAAAAACGCUCUGGGACUAUCUUGGAUUCACCGUCAUCCUAUUCCAAAAUGCAGCUCUACUCGAGAUUGUACACGCUUUCACGCGGAUCGUGCCGAGCAAUCCGGUCAUCACCACGUUCCAGGUACUGUCGCGGGUGAUGGUCGUCUGCGGUGUUGUGAUGGCUACACCGACUGGCAAAGUUUCACCGGGUCUUCCGCUUGCCAUACUGGCCUGGUCGGUGACGGAGAUCAUUCGAUACGCGUACUACGCCCUCAACCUGAUCGACGCCGUCCCGCAGCUGCUCAUCUUUCUGCGCUACACCACCUUCAUAGUGCUGUACCCGACCGGCGUGACCGGUGAGCUGCUGUGCUUCUUCUGGGCCCAGUCGCACGUGGCCAACACGAAACAGUGGAGCAUCGAAAUGCCCAACACGUACAACUUUACCUUCUCGUACCUGUACUUCCUGUGGGCGGUGAUGCUGCUCUACAUUCCACUGUUCCCUCAGCUGUACCUGCACAUGUUUGCCCAGCGCAAGAAGAUUCUAGGCUCCGGCUCGAGCAGUGGCGCGACCAAGCAGAAGCACAAUUGACUGCAAGCGUUUGGCUUUCCGGCUUGACCGUACCCAAGCUCCUAAGAGAAAAGCCUUCCCAAAUGUAUGCUACAGUUAAACUUU